AGAGGAGAUUCCUUCUACAUCAAGGCGCACUUCAACUACGAGCAGCCGGACAAGGGUGAGAUGACCUUUAAGAAGUGCGACGUGUUCCAUGUCGUGGAUACUCUACAUAACGGAGUAGUUGGGGCCUGGCAGGCUUUCAGGAUGGAUCCGUUCCUGUCUGGUCUUGGCCGUGCAGCUGAGCAGGUUCAGAAAGGUGUUAUACCGAACAAAUCUAGGGCAGAGGAGAUUGCAACCAAACAAUUUAACGCGGCAAAGAAAGAACAAUCCGUCUCAGAACAAAAUAAAGGAUCAUUCUUCAAGAGAAAACGAACCCAGAACCAUAGAAGAAGCAAAUCCCUGGGAAAGGAUCACUGGGAAGACCUGGUAUGGAGUGAGAGUAUGUCCAAGUUCCCAGCUUAUGAACGGGUCAGCUUACGACACCCUGGUUUUCCUCGGCCAGUCGUUAUUUUCGGCGCAGUGGCCGAUAUUGCACGGGAACGUCUUCUAAGAGAUUUCCCACUUAAAUUCGCCUCCCCUCAGCAAGAUAGUUCAGCAAGCCUGGGUUCUGGAGCAGGGUUGGAGAACAAGAAAUCUGGAAUAGUUCGUCUCUCUGCUAUCAGGGAUAUCAUGGAGCGAGGUCUACACGCACUACUGGAUGUCACGCCGAACGCUGUUGACAAGCUGAACUACGCGCAGUUCUAUCCAAUCGUGCUUCUUGCGCGUGCAGACAGUAAACAGACCAUCAAGGAAUGCCGCGCUGGGUUGCCAAAAGGUCAAGGCCAGAUGCUGGACUGGCGACCUUGGAGAGCCCAUCUUCCGAGCCGCAAACUUCUUGAGCAAAGUCAGAAAAUAGAAAAGCUGUGGGGCCAUAGCCUUACUGGUACACUACACUUACACGCGGAUAAUUGGUACAAUAAGAUCACAGAUUUGAUUGAGAAACAACAAACUGCCCCAAUCUGGAUGUCUGAUGCUAAGCCGGACGAAUCAUUUUCGGACGAUUUCCUGUUCCCGAUGAGUUCUCGUCUCUCGUAUUCGUCCUACCCAGAGUCAGACGGAGAGUUUUGCGGAGAAGAUAGUCCGAGGAAAGGAGGGACGAGUAGGACUGGGACGUUGCAGGACUCUUCGCGCCUCUUCCGAGCCACCUCUGACCCAAACCUAGCCCGGAAGGAUGGAACCAUGAAAAGUGAAUCCGGAGUAAAUAUUCCAGAUUUUAGUAUUCCUCAACAACAACAACAGCAGGGCUCUAUUGAGAAAAGAGAAUCACAAAGUGGAGACAAGUUUGGGUUUAAACUAGAGGAGUCUCCGGCCUCAUCUAACCAAGAUAAAUAUGGCUCCGUUGCCGGAGACAAAACGAAACCUGGACCCGUCCUUCCGCCGAAAAUUGACCGGCAGAAGAAGCCAAGUAAAAAAUCGGCAGCUGAAAGACUUUUCGGCCAUAGGGCCCAGCAUAGUCCGCCGGAAGAGUCCCCUAGUCCCGGAUAUGGAUCAACAAACUCUAAUUCAAACUCAUUUAACGCUCAUUCGGCGGAGGGUUAUGAUUCUUACGGGAAGAGAACGGCGGAUCCCGGUUACGCCAGCUCACAGAUAUCUCGUAACCCUGGUGGUCAAAAUUAUCCGCCCCAGCAAAACGGCACACCAACGCACCAAAACGGAAUACAUGCUCAAACAAACGGGAUUCCGCCGCCAAUUAACGGAAACCCGUUGCCCCAGAACGGCAUUCCUCCGUCGCAGAACGGGAUGACUCCGACUCAGAACGGAACUACUCUGCCUCAGAACGGAAUGAACGGCUAUGCCUCAACGGGGAAGCCCCUACCGCCUUCAUCAAGUCAAGAUAAAUAUAGGUAUUCUGAGUACAAACCUAUGCCUCCUCCCAAAUCUAGUGUAUAUAAACCUGUACCACCUCCUAAACCUAAAACUUUCUCCUCCACCCCCUCCCACCCCUCCCAUCCAUCCCAACCUGCUAGCCUGCAAGAAUCUAACUAUAUGAACGGGAACUAUAUACAAGAGUCUGAUUAUCCUAACUCCUAUCAUUAUCAUUCCUCUAGAGUAGUGGAUAACUACCAACCCUCUCCACCACGUGUUCCUCCCUUUGAUGACGUGGACUCCAAUGGAGUGGACUCAGGUCAAGGGUCCUCAUUGGACCGAGACUAUUCUAGUUAUAACAGAUAUAAUGGACCCCCUCCCCCCCGGUCCCAGGGGCAAUACUACUACAAUCUACCCACCCAGAGGGAGGAAGGGGGCCAGGGGGGAGUAUCCCCCCGCCGUCGCGCCCCUGGUGAUACUUUAGAUUUAUCCAAUAGAGAGUAUAGAGGGUCAGCAUUCGAACUUUAUAAGAAACCAGGAUACCAACCUUUCCAUGGAUACGGAGAAGUACCAAGAUAAUCUCUGUUUAUUACAGUACCUGGAUAUAGGUUGGAUAUCAAUCCUAGAACCUAAACUAAAAAAGAUACAUCUAUUAUUUCAUGUGCAUCUGAGUGCCAUAAAUUCCGACUAAGAUCAAAGUUCCAUGGUCGAUGAUUAUUGUUUAGUUCUAUGGAGUUAUAUUUAUGGAAUGAGUUCUAUGGAAUAUGAUCAUAGUUCUUAGUUUCAAGUACUAAGAUCAUAUUGCCUAGUUCUAUGGACUAUGAUCAUAAUGCCUAGUUUCAUGGACUAGGAUCAUAGUUUCUAGUUUCUAGUUCUAAGAUCAUAGUUCAUAGUUUCAAGUACUAAGAUCAUAGUUCCUAGUUCCAUGGACUAGGAUCAUAGUUCCUAGUUUCAAGUUCUAAGAUCAUAGUUCCUAGUUUCAAGUUUAAGAUCAUAGUGACUAGUUUCAAGUUCUAAGAUCAUAGUUCCUAGUUUCAAGUUCUAAGAUCAUAGUUCCUAGUUCCAUGGAGUAAGAUCAUAGUUCCUAGUUCCAUGGAGUAAGAUCAUAGUUCCUAGUUCCAUGGACUAAGAAUUUCAAAUUACCAUAACAGUUAAUAGUUACCAAUCCGUCAGUAUGCAGAUGCACUCGAAAAA